AUGAAGUAUGCACUAAUCUUCGCUGCCACUGCAGCUGCCUACGAGGCCUAUGGCGGAUACGGUGCGGAUGUGGAGUCCAGCUCGGCUGUCAAGCCUAGCACUUCCGCAAAGCCUAUCGGAUACACCACUAUCGUCCCAGGCUAUGGCAAGCAGCCGGUCACUGUGACCACCCAGCACCAACCGUACCCAACCUGCGUUUCUCCUGCCUACGGCGGUAAGGAUUGCGCCAAGUGGGAUGAGGACGCCUACGUGUCGACUGUGAUCAAGGACUACGACAACAACUACGCUACAAUCACCAAGACUGCGCAGCCUGUCGUUGUCUACCAUACUAAGAAGACUAUCACCCACUCCGCCACUGCCACAAGCGGUUACGCUGCGCCCACCGGCGUUGCCUACAAGAACGGCACUGAGGGUUGCUGGUACGAGUUGUACGAGAAGAUCGAGGAGGUGCCAUACAACCAACUUGGUCCCCACGCACUUCCUGGAUACCCCGGCUCCGGUCUCUACAAGGAGGGCGAGAAGAAGCAGCCCGUUAACGUCAAGGAGUACAAGGGCGGAAAGUGGUCUGAGUACGUCCACGAGUACUCCUACGGCACUCCCAAGCCUGAGGUCACCACCUACGAGAAGCCCGGUGUCUACACAAUCCCUAGCAAGGAUGUCACUAUUGACCACCCUGUCACCUACCCAGUUGAGGCUACCAAGACUGCGAAGGCUGGUGAGACAUGCACCUACGGAGGCCAGUCCAUCGAAGCCAAGCAGACCGGUUACAUCACUGGUGCUUAUGCUGCUUAUGAAACAAAGAUCAACGGUGGUAAGACUGUGACUGAGACCGUGAUCAAGCACACCACAAUCUAUGCCUCUACCACUGGCAACUACGAGGUCGCAAAGCCCACAACCACCGUGUACGACCAUGACACCGAGGUCGCAUACCCAACUGCUAAGCACUACGAGGCGGGUGUUUACCACCAUGAGGCUCAGACUGUCACUAUCACCAAGCCUGGACAGGCCUACACUUGCGAGUACGAGCAGACCAAGAAGCACGAAGCUACCUCGACACCCAAGAAGAGCACCGACCACUCGGCCUACCCUACCUCCGUCCCCGCUCACGACAACUCUUACGGCCACAACAAGCCAUCAUCAACUCCUAAGCAGCCUACUGAGGGCCAGAACAACUACCCUUCGUACCCUGCCACCCCCAACAAGCCCACUGAGGGUGAGCACAACCACCCCUCUUACCCGGCUACUCCUGAGAAGCCUACCGAGGGCGAGAGCACCUACCCCUCUUACCCUGCCGGUCCGGUAGAAGGUCACUCAUCUUCCGUUCAGGAGUCCUACCCAACUUCCACACCUGCGACUAUUUACACCAAGCCAUCCUACAACGGCGGAAACGCCUAUGGCGAGACUGGAAAGUCGACCAUGGCCACUGUUUCUUCCAAGGAGAAUGCUUACCCUGAGUCUACUCCUGCCUAUGGUGCGGGUUUUUCAGCUCCUGCUUACGGUCCUGGUUCCUCUGCUCCUGCCUAUGGCACCGCUUCUUCUGCAAUGGCCAGCUCCACUCCUUGUGAGAGCAGCUCUGCUUCCUCCACUCCUGCCGAGUCCUCUGCUUACAGUGCUUCUACCCCUGCUUUUGAGUCUUCCAUCUACAGCGUAUCCAAGCCCGCUGAGGCCAGCUCUACUCCUUGCGAGAGCAGCACUGCUUCCGUUACUCCAGCAACGUCUUCCGCCUACAGCGCCUCUACUCCCGCCAACGUUUACACCAAGCCAUCUUACAAUGGCAACACCGGUUACGGCGAGAAUGUCAAGUCGACUCUCUCUACCAUCUCUACCAAGCCUUACCCUGCGUCAACUCCUGUAGAGCACUACCCUGCAAGCGCUAGCUCCACUCCUUGCGAGAGCAGCACCGCGUCCAUGACACCCGCCAAGUCGUCCGACGUAUACAGCCAGGCUACACCCUCCCCAGCCAAGUCUUCGGCCUACAGCACCCAGGCUUACGGCGAGGCUUCGUCGGCUCCCGUCAUGCCCACCUCCGCCCCUGCCUACGACAACACUCCCUACCCCGCUGGUACCACUUCUACCCCAUGCGAGAGCAGCGACAAGCCUUCCGCUACUCCUUACGUUCCCGCAGCUUACCAGCCUGCCCCUGUUGAGGGCUACAGCAAGCCCCAGACUGGCUACGCUAAGCGUGGUGGAUUGAACGAGCGUCGCAAGAUCGCUGCUGCGAACUAG